AUUACUUUAUGCAUAGUUUUAAAUGUGUUUCCUCGCAAAAUUUUGACAUUUCCCCUGACUAAAUUUCCAUUUACUUGAAUGUACUUAUUACUUUGGACCUCAACGCCUAAUGGAACCGUAGAGCUCCGUCGUGAUAUAUGGCGUGUCUAGGGCAGUUUUCUUUUUUAACUUGUGGGAGCUCAUGUCUCUUCACAGUUAAUUUCUCUCAGAAAGAAAGGGAAGAAGAGACAGACAGGACGAAACAAGAGUAGAAUGGAUUUAUUUAUUGACUUGGGAAGAAUGAAUGGUAAAGUUGCCUCGCUAGGAUUUGAACUUAGAACGUAAACAAGGUAAUCUAUCAGACGCUAUAACGAUAGCGAAUUCGUUACUUUUACCACCAACACAAUAGAGGGAAAAUAUCAACGACAUUGUAAUUCAAACAAAUCUCGCAGAAUAACAGUAAUUAACGAGAUUCUCGUCUGUUGUACGAGAUUUGUGUCAGUCGCUCUUGACUUCAUUACAGACGAAAGAAGCUUCAUUGAUCAACGCACUUUUACAUUAACUGUCCUAUAUUUGUCUAUCUAAUACAUUAUUAUACACGCACACACUGCUGUAUAUAUUAUACACCCAUAUUUAUAUAUAACUACCCUAUUACAUUAUACACAAAGCAGCAGAUGGCUAACCACCGCUACCCACCAAACAGCCGCCUCUUUAUAAUCGCCGGUAAAGGAAUCUCUAAAGAUGAAUAUCACAAAUGUUUUAGUAAAUUCGGUUCCAUUCAGGAUAUUUGGAUCGUUAAAGACCGGCAAACGAACGAGGAAAAAGGUGUUGUGUACAUCAAGUUUAACAAGACAUCUGCAGCUUUCCUAGCAAUGGAAGAGAUGAAUGGCAAGUGUAUCCCUGGUCAUCCCAAACUCCUUAAGAAAUUUGGAGACAUUGAGUCUGUGACUGUGCUAAAAGAUCGGAAAUCUGGUGAAUCAAAAGGAUUCGGUUAUGUAAAAUAUUACCGACCUUACCAUGCUGCACUGGCUUAUGAAUCAUGUGACCCAGGUGUUAAACGCUGUUUCACUGAGAUGGGUGGUCGUGAUGAUUUCGGUUACCGAGGCUAUGAUAUGUACAGUGGAGCAGGGGGCUAUGGGCCAGCAAUUCCUGAAGCUAUGCCUCCAUAUCCAAAUGCCAGUGGAGUUGGUGGCAACAUGGGAGGAUGUUCUUCUUCCGGUAUGGGGCCAUUAGAUCCUAUCCAGAACUACCCACACAAUAACUACCAACGCCUUCAUCUAACCGUGGCCCUUGGUCUCAGCCAAUCUUACCUCACACGUCUCCUCAAUCUUGUACCAGGUCUCGAAUACUGUGAUCUCAACGAAAGCACUGGUGUUGCCUAUGCCAGGUACUGUACCCCACAAGCAGCUGCCUAUGCAAGAGACAAGCUGGAGGGUUUUGAAUACCCUAUAGGUUCCAGGAUACAUGUCCGUUAUGCAGACCAGCCAUCAAAUGUUGAUAUGCCCCUCGGUUAUAGUGAUAGUUAUAUGGAGGGAGCAGUAGCCGGUUCUCCACUCUGGACAUCAACACCAAAGGACACUUUCAAGAAGGCUGCAAUGGUUUUGGAGAAAGCUGGCAUCAGCCCUGAUCGUAUUUUAGCAAAGGAGCCAGUUUUAGAGCGUGUCCGUUACUCUAACAUUAGUCUGCCUCGUACGCAACCGUUACGAUCUGAAGACACACCCGUCAGUCAACGUCUGUUUAUAGUCUGUCAGCCUUCUGCUGUCCCAGAACUGAUCCUGCGUGACUGUUUCUGUCGAUUUGGGGACCUCAUUGAUGUCUAUUUGUUAUCAGGCCGUAACUAUGGUUACGCAAAAUUUGCCUGCAAAGAAGCUGCUGGUCGAGCCAUGCACACUCUCCACGGACAGAGUAUUGCAGGACAACGCCUGAAAGUCCUGGAAGCUGAACCACCCAAAGGAGUCCCACCGACCAGUGAAGAUGAUGGACCAUCGAAAAAGCAGAGACUUUAAGGAUAAUAAGCAAAUACCUGUUUGCAGGUGGCCUCAUUGGUUUCCACUUGUUACGAUGACAACCUUCCUUCUGACACACCUUUCCCACGACGACGACAACAACAACACCAACAACUACUAUAACUAUUCAUACUACAUCUACUACUACUACUACUACUACUGCUAUUAUUACUACUACUACUACUGCUACUGCUACUUCAACAGACUUGACGAUAACUGCUACGACACACCUGAGCCAGCUGUAAAUCUUCAGAAUCGACUUAAAAAAAACCAAAGCCUGAGUAAGCCGCUUGCGUGCGAGUAUUCCGUGUGUGUGUGUGUGUAUGUGUCACUGUGCGAGUGUGUAUGUUGGUGUGUGUGAUUUUGUGUGUGUGUAUGUGUGUGAACAUGGGUACAUGUGGUUUUAUAUGCAUGUGUAUCAAAAUGCGGUUGUGUGUGUGUGUGUGUGUGUGUGUGUGUCGUAAAACUGUGUUUUUACAAUUAGCAUUUUGAAAACUUCAAAAGAUUUUGGAAAUGUGCGGCAUGAAAAAAAAAAAUGCGAGAAACAGAUUUGAAGAGAAAUGGUGAAAAAAAAAAAAAAAAAGACUAUAGAAACUGUAUGCAGAGAAGUGGACAAUGUCAAACUGACCAUCUCUCUCACUGAUUGGAAUACAACUGGUCAGUGUAAUGACAGUGACAUCACUUACACAACAGCUGACCACCUGAGUACAUGGAAAAACCCUCUUAUAGCAACAACAACUACUACUACUACUACUACUACGAUUUACUACUACCGUUACUACUUUUACUACCUUAACUACUGAAACAUUUAGUGGUCUAUGAUUGGAGUUUUUAAUUUACAAACGAGGAAAAGGUAAUUUAACCCAUUAGCAUUGAGAUUGCUCUGUCAAAUGUUCUGCUUAUUUAUUCACAAUGUUUUUAAUUAAUCAUGCAUUAUCUAAUGGCUUUGAGAUUUUGAUGAUGUGAUUGUUUAUUUUUAGAACGACCUUGCAGGGUAGGUACGAGAGGCCAGACCUGGCCUGUUUGAGCAUAAAACAGGUAGAAUAUUUUGGCUCGAUACGGCUGGUUUAAAUGCUAAAGGGUUAAAUUUUCAAAGUAGAUAUAAAAUUAUAAAACUUAAAAAUUAUAUAUAUAUGUAUAUAUACAUUUUUAUUUUCCCGGCGUACUUCUCGGGGGGGUGGGGAACCAAAUGGCACAAGUGAGAGAAGGAAUGUGCGAAGGUCCAAACUAAAAAUCCUGACAGUCUUAGCAACGAACUGAGACGGAAAACUAGUCCCAAUUCAACCUACAUUUCUUUACAGCUGACAUGUUUGUGUGACUUAAUAAAACAUCUAUUACACACCUCAUGGGUGGUGGGGCAUGGGAACUCUUUUUCUUUCUCUUCUUCUCAUUCAGUCUGUUCUCCUUGGCUGCUCAAUAGAAGUAGCAGUAAUGAUGAUAAUAAUAACAACAACAAUACUAAACAUAACAAUAACAACAAUAAUAAUUGCUUCUGAUUUUGGCACAAGGCCAGCAAUUUUUAAGGGAGAAUCUGGUUGAUUACAUUGCUCCCAGUACUUGAUUGUUACCCUGUUUCAUUGGCCCUAAAAGGGCGAAAGGCAAAAUUGGCUUCAAAGUUUGAACUCAGAAUAUAAAGAGCAGAAACAAAGGCAUUUUGUCUGGCAUUGUAACAACAACAAUGAUAAUAAUAAUAAUAAUAAUAAUAAUAAUAAUAAUGGCAAUCAUCAUCAUCAUCAUCAUUUAAUGGGCAAUGUUCAAUGCUCGAAUGGGUCAUACAGAAUUUCUUGAGGGAGAUACUCUAUAGCGGGAUGCCCUUCCUGUUGCCAACCCCCACCUGUUUCCAGGCAAAGUAAUAUUUUUCCUUGGAGGACUGGAAACGAACAACAUCCUUUGUAUGAGAGUGAUACUCAUUUACAACCAUCAUGUGAUGUCAAGACAAGGAUCCACAAACACAUACAUAUAAAUAAAGCAGGCUUCUUCUAGUUUCCAUCUACCAGGAACUGUAAUGGUUUAUUGACAGAAGGUUGUAAAUUUUUCCCAUAUCGAAGUUUGAUAAGCUGAAAAUAGCUUGCAGUUAGAAGCUGGGGUUGCCAUGUAUGUGAAUAAAAAUCCAAAAUUGGAGAAUGGCGUAGAUAAAAAUCCAAGCUACAUAUGUUUCCUAGCUAGCAGAACCUCGGAAGUAGUAAUUGCUAGCUACUCAGCAGGCUGAAAAUAACUGAAUCUGUUGGGACUGUGUUGUGUUUGGUUACAUCCCUUCAGUUCUUGUUUAGAGCCAUUUUGCUUUCCAUCCUUCUGAGGUCAAUAAAAUACGUAGUAUGGAGGUGGGGGAAGCAUUGGUGUAAUUGACUAUACUUUAGAAGGUAGUACUCCAGCAUGGCCACAAUCUAGUCAUUAGGAUGAAACCAGUCAUAUACAUCUAUAUAUAUAUAUAUAUGAAUAUAUGUAGAUGAUAUCUUCUUCCUGUUAUGGAGGGAAUUCUUCGGUGAUGAUGAUGAUGGUGGUGGUGGCAGCAGUAGUUCCACUUCACUGGACAUUGGUUAGUUAAGGGAGACUGUCUCAGCAGCAGUGCAAAGACUUUGACUACAUUUCAAGCCAUUCCGACAUGUAUAAUUCUCAAAUUAUUCUUUUUGCGUUCCUUUUUCUUCUACCCCUUCCCCCCUCUCUCGUUUAAUUAGUUUUACUUUUUUGUGUUUUAAUAAUUUUAAUUCAUCACUUUCUGUCUGUGUGUCACAAAGUAGUGAAUAUGCUCAUGUCUGGGGUUAUUUUUCAAGUGAGAUAAAUUUUGUUUAGUCCUCAAUUAAGUGAAGCUUUUUAAAUGUUGAAAUUUCUAAUGUGCAUGCAUGUGUGUGUGUGUGUAAGAUUAAGUUUCAAAUUUUACCAUAACCAUUCUUUAUUUGCUAAACAAGCUUUCACUCCUAUUCUGUGGUUGAAUUGUUUUCUGCAAAAAAAUACUAACAAGAACAAAAAUCUGUCACAACUAAAGCUACUACUCUAUAUACAUGUGUGUGUGUAUGUUCACAUGUAUACACCAUACGUGUGCUUUUUGACAUUUAUAUAUUAAAGUUAGUGAAAAUAGCUAUGUUCUUUGAUGCUUAACAUUUCAUAUAGCAAAAGUGGUUGAGUAUGAAGAAAGAGGAAAAGGAGUAUUCAGUAAAGAAGGUAGAGUACUGUAUUACAUCUUCAUGGAAGUUGAUACUUCACAGAUCAUGGCUCUGAGUUUCGUAUUUCCAGUCUUAGAGCAGUUUUGAAGACUGAAACAUAAGACUUGUGUUUAAAAAAACGGUUGAAAUAGAGAUGUUUUAAUACCUAGACAAACUUUGAUUGGAUAAUAUUUUUGGAACAAAAGGAUUUUAUUAACCCUGUCAGACCUGGGCCCGUGUGUGUCUAACUUUUCCCUCUACCUGGGCUCCUGAGCACAAAAAUAAAUAGUUGCAUACACAGAUCAAGAGUUAUGAUUGCAGGUAAACUAAUGGAUGGGAUCCCCCACCACCAAAAAGAAAAAAGUCAGGAGAAUAACAAUGAUAGGCCUAUCUCUCCACUACUGUAUUUGUUCACCUGAAUCACUACUUUCCUCAUCCCCUUUUAUCAGUUUGAUUGUCCAAAUCACUAUCAUUGUCUGCGUAAGGGUAGACUUCUUGCUCAUCUGAAGAAUAAAUAUCAUCAAUAAUUUCAUCAACUGUAAAAAGUCUAGGCCUUGCUCACUUCAUCACACACUUCAUCACAAAAAUAUACAUUUUUUUCAAUUAAAUGCGAAAGUAGUCGGAGAUGCCAUUAACAAUGAGCCAUAAACACACUUGACUAUGAAGCUGCAAUGAGACCAGUUGCCUAAUUUUAAUAUUUAAUCUUCUUUUUCUACUUGUGUUGUUCAUUUACCACUUGGGAAAUGGUAGAGAUUACGUUUCGGCUGUUUCCACUGCAGGAUUACUUGACCAUAGAACUGUUGUACAGAAAAUAAGAAACAAUUAUAAUCAAACGGUUAGUGAGUUUGGGAGAAGAAAAGAAAUUUUUUAAAUUGCAAGAAUGUAAAAUACAAGACUGUGAUUUAGGAAGAGGAAAUAACAUCAAAGAUGAUUUUAAAUGAUGCUAAAAGUGUUUGGCAUAGCAGCAACUGGAGGAGAGGACAAAAAAUGGUAGCAAAAAGCCUGUCCAAAGAAGAUUAAUAUAAUAAAUUAUUAGGCGCAGGAGUGGCUGUGUGGUAAGUAGCUUGCUUACCAACCACAUGGUUUUGGGUUCAGUCCCACUGCGUGGUACCCUGGGCAAGUGUCUUCUACUAUAGCCUCGGGCCGACCAAAGCCUUAUGAGUGGAUUUGGUUGACAGAAACUGAAAGAAGCCCAUCGUAUAUAUAUAUGUAUAUGUUUGUGUGUCUGUGUUUGUCCCCCCAACAUCGCUUGACAACCGAUGCUGGUAUGUUUAUGUCCCCGUAACCUAGCGGUUUGGCAAGAGAGACUGAUAGAAUAAGUACUAGGCUUACAAAGAAUAAGUCCUGAGGUUGAUUUGCUCGACUAAAGGCGGUGCUCCAGCAUGGCUGCAGUCAAAUGACUGAAACAAAUAAAAUGAAAAAAAAUUUUUUUAAUACUGGAAGGAAAACUACAAAGUAGAUAUUGAGAACUGUGCCUACAGGAAGUAAGUAGUUCAGGUCUUUUAUUUGAUGUGAAAUAAAAUGAAAAGUUUCUUGCUUAGACACAACUUAUUGGUUUGAACAAUAAAAACUAAGGUAGGUGCAAAUUGUUUCACAUAUCUUGUGAUUUCUUGGAUUAUUUCCUUCUCCUUCCAACCAACAAAUUCCAUCUUGUCCUCCUUCCAUUCCCUUUUAUUAUUUUUUUUUUGUACAAUUAGCUCUUAUUGCUCUGAUGACAUUAUCCAAUCGAAGUUAGUCUUGAUGUUCAAACAUUUAGAAUCUCUUCUGUUUAACAUUUAACCAUGUCUUAUAUUCCAGUCUUCAUUCUCACACAAAGAUCAAAAGCAAGGAACUCAGUAGUUAUGAUUUGUGAAGUUUCAGCUUCCAAUAAUCACAUUUAUAUAUAUAAUAUGAUUGUAUGUAUACGUACAUAUAAUGUGUGUGUGUGUGUGUAUAUAAUUAUAUAUAUAUAUAUGUGUGUGUGUGUAUAUAAAUAUGUAAUAUGAAUGUGUGUGUAUUUAUAUUUAUAUAUAUAAUAUGAAUGUGUGUGUAUAUAUAUAUGUAGAUGCACAUGCAAUCAAAAACUUAUUUUCAAAUGGUUAUUGUUCUCAGAAUUAGUGGGUCUCAAACCAUUUGAAAUGAACUCACAGCUGGUUAGGGUUAAUAAAAGCUUCAUCCAAAAGUGAUCCCAAUAAGCAGCUUUUAUAUAUAUAUAUAUAUAUAUAUAUAUAUAAACGUGUACAAGUUAAUUCAGGGGGGAAAAACUUAUCCUCUUGUGGUAUUUAAAGACAAAAAGUAAAAUGUGUUAGUGUGUUCUUGGUGAAACCAGUCAAGCACUUCCAGCUGUUUGUUGGCCAAGUUAGCCCUGUAGUUUCACCUCUCCAUUGGUCAAGCUAGCUUUAUAGUUCCAGGUGUUUGUUGGUCAAGCUAGCCAUGUGGUUCCUAUUGUUGUUUGUCAAGCUGGUCAUGUAGUUCUUGUUCACAUAAGAGUUUCCAUGGAAACAAUGUCGGGAAUUCCGUGGUCUAGGCUUUUGACCUAGUGGUGUUUUAUUGUAUAUAUAUUAUUUACAUCUUAAGAAUUUAGAAACAUUGAGACAUAAAUUCGUUUUUAACAGUGAAACUCAAAGAAAAUAAAGCAAUGAAUAAAAUCAUGCAAAUACUGGUUUUAAAAAACCCCAUUGAUAGAAAACGUUGAAGGCUGCCCAUAGGACACGAAUCCAUAUCUUCUGUAACUAUAAAAGACGUUCUAGCUAUGGGCAGCCUUCAGUUUUUUCUCUUCAAGAGCAUUUUUAAUCCAAUAUUUGCAUGCUAUUUAUCAGCUUUCAGUUCCACUGUUCAAAACAAAUAUAUGUAGUAUCUCCAUCUGUGUGUAUGUGGUUGCUUGUUAAUAUUAGGAUCUUUUACAGUAUAGCUUAAUCAUUGAGUUUUCCCCAUCAGAAACUAGAAACCUGUUCCAGUUUGCAUAACUCAACCAUUGUUUUACGGUUAACAUGAGGCUGUUUAUAUUCAGGUCUCUCAUUCAAUAACUUGUCACCAUAAUAGAAACAAACAAAAGAUGUUUUGAUUUUCAUAUCCAAAUUCAGCAUUCAGUAUUUGCUUUUUUUUUCUCUUUUUCUUCUGUUUUAAAAUUCUUUUUUUCUUUUUACAUAGUAUUUCUAAAUAAAAACAGGGGGAAAUAAAACGAAUUUCCCCUAGAUCUUUUAUCCAAA